CUCCCGUUAUUCGCUCAAGCUAGCCCUACUUGCAGCAGUGCGGCGUCUGUCACUGUCUGUGUCAGAGGAGAAACAUGGGCGAAGCAGAGAUUGUGCCAUCGGACGAAAAACAAGCCGAAAUCUGUACCCCCGAUGAAUCAAUUGUAUGGAGUCAAGAGGUUGAAGUGUGUCUUUUUCACGCCAUGUUGGGUCACAAACCUGUAGGGGUGAAUCGUCAUUUUCACAUGAUCUGUAUUCGUGAUAAAUUCAGUCAGAAUAUCGGCAGACAGGUGUCAUCUAAAGUCAUCUGGGAUCAUCUCAGCACCAUGUAUGACAUGCAGGCACUGCACGAAUCAGAAAUACUCCCCUUUCCCAACUCAGAAAAAAGCUUUGUGCUUCCCGAAGAGAUCAUACAAGACGUUAAAGAAGGUAAAGUGGCAUCAGAAGAUGAUGCAAAAGAAGACAUCAAAGAGGAGAUCGACCCUCCCACCACACACGAAGAAGGUCUGGGUCCCAGUACGGCUGGCCAGGAUUUUGCGAGGUAUGGACAGAAGAAAACGUUUCGCUCUGUUCCAAAACUCCAGCUUGAGCUCAGUACAGACCAGCUCAUUACCAGAGGCCUCUGUAGACAACCUUCAGAGACCCAUGACCAUCAAUUCCUCCGUGAAGACGUCGGAGAGAUCGGGCAGCGGGCGCGAGAAAGAGCGGGCCGAGAGGGGGGGCUCAGGUGAGACGGGCAGCGGGUCGUCAAAAGAAACAGUUGGGGAAAAGAGGAAGAGGAGCCGAGCCGUGGAGAAGGUGAUGAACUCCAGCAACCCCUCCAGUCCGGGAGGAGCCAAGCGCCGCAGGACGUAGCAACAGCAGAGCGUUUUGGGAAACCAGACGUUUGAAUGGACUGACUGAUCCGAAGGGUUGAGAGAGAUUUGUAGCCAAUGUUGGUCAUAGUAGAGCCAAUGUAAAAGUGACAUGAAAGAAAUGUGGGGUGCUCGUGUGCGUUAUCUGCAGUCCAGGGUUUCAAAAGUGCUCCUGAGCUUUAUUCUCAGCUGUUCAUGAGAAGGCAGCAUUGAGAAAGAAAAGCCAUUGGUGGGUGUGAAGGGUCAGACUAGACCGGACAAGUACUGUAUGAUAAGCAACAUUAAGCUAUCCUCAGCUGAGAUUGAAAACAAAACAGAGCUGGGGCAUGUUAUGUAUUUUAUUUUGGGAGGACAUUUUAAGUGGUGGUUUUAUUUUUGUCAUGGACCUUUUGGGUUAAUCCAGAGAAUUAACCAGUUUGUUUUGUGACUUUUAGGAAUUACACAGCAGUCUAAAUGAUAUUUCGUGUCUCGUGUUAUAUGUAUGAAACAACACAUGAUUCUGUUACUAAAUGGCCACUGUUCAGACGCUUAGAAAAUAGUGAUGGAUAUUUUGUUUCUGAGUCAUGGCUGUUUGAGAUAUUUGACCGAAUGUGUACACACACAUCUGGUGUAAUUCCCUAAUAAAAAAGCGUUGUUCUGCUUUGA